GUCACUCGCCCGCGCCAACAUCCGAGCUGGGGUGGAAAUAGCUUAGCGUUAGCUCUGCAGCUAGCUAGCCACCUUACAAUGGCCUCCAAAGCUGUGAAAGGCAAGAAAGUGGUGAACCAAGAGGAACUGAGGCGACUGAUGAGAGAGAAGAAACAGUCCUCCGAGCGACAGAAACGCGUGGACUCUCCACACGCCAAGUACACCAGUCUCGGGCACCUGAGCUGCGCGGUGUGUAACGUGCCAGUCAAAUCGGAGAUACUGUGGCAGGCGCACGUCCUGGGUAAACAGCACAAAGAUAAAGUAGCUGAACUCAAAGUUAAGAAAAGUCCUUUCGAAACCAGCCAAAGCUCAGAGCGAUCACUACUCAAGAGGAAAGGACCAGAACCUGAGCUUGGUACGGGGAAGAAAGCCAAAGCCCCCAGCGCAGGUCUGCCACCGGGUUUGGUGGAGGAGAAAGGCGCAAGUGCCCCGGCUGAACACGCCGCUGGCCCGGGCCUCCUCCUGCAUGAGGACGAAGAGGGGGAGCAGGAGGCGAUGGAUACCACGGAUAACGAGAACAGGGGCGGUUUGGGUCCGACGGCUGGGACCAGUGGACUUCCCGCAGAUUUCUUUGACAGCAGCAGCGCGGCUGUGGCCGGCGCUUCUCACUCCGGCUCCGUGUCCAAAGCGGACGAAGAGAGAACCGCGGAGAGAAAGGAGAACACGACCGAGGCUUUGCCAGAGGGCUUCUUCGACGACCCGGUCAGAGACGCCAAGGUGCGAAACGUGGACACGCCGAAAGAUCAAAUGGACAAAGAGUGGGAAGAGUUUCAAAAGGAGAUGCGACAGGUGAACAGCGCCUCGGACGCCAUCGUGGCCGAGGACGACGAGGAAGGUCGCAUUGAGCGCCAGAUCGAUGAAAUUGACGAACAGAUUGAGUGUUACCGCAGAGUGGAGGUUCUGCGAGCGAAACAGGACGUCGUUAAGGGCAAAGUGGCGAAGCACAAGCCAGAGGAAGUCCGCGAAGCGUCGGGAAGCGAUGAGGAAGACGAGGAGGAACUGUUGCAUGUGUUGUCCAGAGACUGGAGAGCGAAAGGAGCACUCGCAUAGAGUCUCUCACUCGUUCACGCUUUCCUUUGCAUUUUGUAAUCUGCUGAAUGUUAUUUUUCGUUGCUUUGGUUGGUUGAAUUGUAGGGUUUGUAGUUCCCACUACUUGUCCCAGCCGUUUCCUUCAUUAUAUUUUCCUUCUGUUCUCCAUUAAAUCUUGUAACUUUAUCAAGUGACAUUA